UAUCAUUCAAAUUCUCCGAGUUUUUGGGACUCCGCAUAUUUUAAAGAUCAAGUCUUUUUGGAUAUUACUCAUUAUUCGUAUAAUAUUAAAAUAGCUUUAAGGCGGCUCUUCCGAUGUCACGCCUUGAAUCAGGAGAUGGUUUUCUGAAGCGCGAGCAGAAAAACCAGGAGGUGGUGGAAAAUGUGAUUGGCGAGCUGAAAAAGAUCUAUCGGAGCAAGCUGCUGCCCCUGGAGGAGCACUACCAGUUCCAUGACUUUCACUCGCCCAAGCUGGAGGAUCCGGACUUCGAUGCGAAGCCAAUGAUACUGCUGGUGGGGCAGUACUCCACGGGCAAGACGACCUUCAUUCGAUACCUGUUGGAGCGAGACUUUCCCGGUAUUCGGAUUGGUCCAGAGCCCACCACAGAUCGCUUCAUUGCCGUGAUGUACGACGACAAGGAGGGCGUCAUACCCGGAAAUGCCCUGGUGGUGGACCCCAAGAAACAGUUCCGUCCACUCUCCAAGUACGGCAAUGCGUUCCUCAAUCGUUUCCAGUGCUCCAGCGUGGCCUCGCCGGUGCUGAAUGCCAUCUCCAUCGUGGACACGCCCGGCAUCUUGUCCGGCGAGAAGCAGCGCAUCGACCGAGGCUACGACUUCACGGGAGUGCUGGAGUGGUUCGCGGAGCGCGUCGAUCGGAUCAUCCUGCUGUUCGAUGCCCACAAACUGGACAUCUCCGACGAGUUCCGGCGCUCGAUCGAGGCCCUCAAGGGCCACGACGACAAGAUUCGAAUCAUCCUCAACAAGGCGGACAUGAUCGAUCACCAGCAGCUGAUGCGGGUCUAUGGAGCGCUCAUGUGGUCCCUGGGCAAAGUGCUGCAGACGCCGGAGGUGGCCCGCGUCUACAUUGGCUCGUUCUGGGACCAGCCGCUGCGGUUUGAUUCCAACCGCCGGCUGUUCGAGGAUGAGGAACAGGAUCUCUUCCGCGACCUGCAAUCCCUGCCACGCAACGCUGCCCUGCGCAAGCUGAACGAUCUGAUCAAGAGGGCGCGCCUGGCCAAGGUGCACGCCUUCAUCAUCGCCGAACUGCGCAAGGACAUGCCCUCGGUGUUUGGCAAGGACAGCAAGAAAAAGGAUCUGAUCAAGAACCUGGGCCAGGUCUACGAUCGCAUUCAGCGCGAGCAUUCGAUAUCGCCCGGCGACUUCCCAGACAUUAAGAAGAUGCAGGAUGUCCUGCAGCAUCAGGACUUUACCAAGUUCCACUCCCUGAAGCCGCAUCUCCUGGACAUUGUCGACAACAUGCUGGCCAAGGACAUAGCGCGACUAAUGGAAAUGAUACCCCAGGAGGAGAUGACGCUCGUCAACGAGCCGAUCGUUAAGGGUGGUGCCUUCGAGGGUGUCAUCGACGACCACGUCUCACCGUUCGGCUACAUGAAGGGCGAGGGCAUAGAUGCUGGCUACGGAGAACACGAAUGGAUUUGCAACAAGGAGAAAUCACGCACAGACACCAUCUUCAACGGUCUUAAUCCGGUCGAUGGCAAAAUCUCCGGUGCAACUGCCAAGCAGGAGCUUAUCAAAUCGAAACUGCCCAACUCGGUGCUUAGUAAAAUCUGGAAACUGUCCGAUGUCGAUGGGGAUGGCUUCCUGGACUCUGAGGAAUUUGCGCUGGCUUUGCACUUAAUCAAUGUCAAGCUGGAAGGCUGUGAGCUACCCACAGUAUUGCCGGAACACUUAGUACCACCGUCGAAGCGUUAUGCCUAAAUACAUACCCUGUAAUAUAAAACACACGUACCGUACACACACACACACACAUCAAUCGAACACGGCGGCCAGCCGGCCAACUCCCAAGAUGCAUGCACUCUGUUCGAUUUCUGCCUUUUUAUAUGUACUAUACUCGUACUCGUAAUCGUACUCGCAUACAACUGCGUCAACUGCUGGGUAUUAAAACACACACACACACACAAACAAAUGUCAAUGCAAGCAUUGCAAAAGAAACAAAAUAUAAAAAUAUCAAUCAGAUUCACAGAAUUUAAGCAAUGCCUCCAUCACAUGCAUAUUUUUGAACAAUCGACUGUAAUGCAAUGUAACGAAAGGAUCGGAUCGGAUCAAUACGAUCUAGUAGAAUUAUACAAGAGAACUGUGUGUAUAUGACCCCAACACCAUGUCGUUGUUGACUUAAG